AUGCCAAAAGAACUUGAAGGGAAGAGUGCAAUCGUGACUGGCUCAGCCGUGGAACUCGCCAAAGAAGGAUGCAACGUGGUCGUGAACUAUGCUGGCUCAAAGGCUUUAGCCGAGGAUGUAGUCAAACAGUGUCAGGCUCUUGGUGUGAAGGCCAUUGCAGUGCAAGCUGACGUUGCAAAGAUUGAACAGUCGAAGGCAAUGGUGGAUAGGACCAUCAAGGAGUUUGGACGACUUGACAUUCUAGUCAACAAUGCUGCUUUGGGAAGUGGUGCUACAAAUGGAAAGCUCGUUGACUUGACGCCAGAGAGAUAUGAUGAAGCAUUUGGUAUCAAUGCUCGUGGAUUGUUCUUUAUGGCUCAAGCUGCUGCUAGAGUGAUGCAAGACGGUGGCAGGAUAAUCAAUUUCUCAAGUGCCAACACGAGAAUCUGUUCCCCAAACAUAUCAAAUUAUGUAGGCACGAAGUCAGCUGUUGAGGGCUGGACUCGGGUCUGGGCUAACGAGCUCGGUGGCCGUAAAAUCACAGUGAAUACCGUCAGCCCUGGUGCAGUCGCCACAGACAUGUUCAAGAACUCUGACAAGACUACCGGUGGUGCAAUGAGUCGCGCUGCAAUGUCGCAGACUCCUUUGAAGAGAAUAGCUGAUCCUAUUGAUAUUGCUAAUGUUGUGACAUUCUUGUGCUCAGAAAGAGGAUCUUGGGUCAAUGGACAGAAUCUUAAUGUGGGUCUGGUUAUGUUUAUGAUGGUUGUUUGA